AUGGCGUAUUCUGAUCCACUGGAUUUCAACCUGAAGGGCUUGCUGGAAAUGCUCGAUGAGGAAGAGUUAGACCAGUUCAAGUGCGUACUGAUGGCAUACACCCUGCCAGAUGAACUUCAGCAGAUUCCACAGCUGACAAUGAAACUGGCUGAUGCGAGGCAGCUGGCAGAAAUUCUCACUGACUACUGUCCCAGUGGUUGGGUAGAGAGAGUGACCAUCCAGAUCUUGGAGGAGAUGAACCGUAUAGAUCUGUCCCAGCUAGUGGAAAGGGAAAUCCAAGAAACGGCGUCCCGGAAAGAGUGGCCUGAACUCGUAAGACAGGGAAACAGAAGGUUAUGGAGGAGGAGACUGCAGAAUUUAUGGAGGAACAACUUCUGGCCUGGAGGCAGCAGCAAAGUCUAUAUUGAUACUGAGAUGUACAGGACACUCCUGGGGCUCUGUAAUCCUAAGAAGGCAGAAAGGCCGUUUGCUCGGACCCUGGUGUUGCAAGGCCUUGCGGGCACUGGCAAAACCACGCUGGUGAAGAAGCUGAUGCUGGAGUGGACAAAGGGCAGGCAGGGCCAGAUCUUCGACUGUGCUUUCUACAUCAGCUGCAGGGAGAUCAAUCAUAUUGAGUCUGGCACUCUUGUGGGUCUCCUCUGUGAAGAUGUUUUUGACUGUGAGAAGUGUAUCUCCUUGCCCCUAGCCCAAGCACAGGAAGUCUUAUUUGUGGUAGAUGGUUUAGAUGAGCUUCGAGCCCCACGAGGGGGUCUGAUAUGUGACAUCAGUGGUGACUGGGAUGCAGAGGUGUCCGGGGUCAUCCUCGUGAGCAGCUUGAUAAAGAGGAAACUGGUACCCCAUGCCACGCUGCUGGUGACGACACAUCCUGACACCUUGCAUGUGCUCCGACACAUGGUAGAGCAGCCACUCUUCCUAGAAGUUAAGGGUUUCUCAGAGCAGGAAAAACAGGAGUACUUCCUGAGACACUUCAGAGAUGAGCAACGGGCACUGCGAGCUCUGGAUGCCAUGAGGUGCAGUUCUGCUCUCUUUGACCUGGCCUCAGCUCCUGCUGUGUGCUGGGUGGUCUGCACCUGUCUUGAGCGCCAGAUGGAGAAGGGGGAAGACCUUGCUCUGACUUGCCAGACCUGCACCUCAUUGUUUCUGAAGUUCCUCUGCAACCAGUUCCCACCAGCAUCCAAUCGUGACCAUCCCAGGAGGAACCUCCAAGAGGCAUUAAAAAACCUAUGCCGCCUAGCUCAGUAUGGGCUCACCAAAGACCUGACCAUAUUUCAUGAAGACGACCUCGAGAGAACUGGAUUGAAGGACUCUGAUCUCCGUCCCUUCCUGGACAAGUGCAUCCUCCAGAAGGACUGGAGCUGUAAGAACUGCUACUUCUUCAUCCACCCCAGUAUGCUGUUUCUCAUGGCUGCCAUGUUUUACAUUCUAAAGGACAGCGAGAAUGAGGACAACCCUGUAUGGUCUAUCAGUGAUUUAGAGGUGCUGUUCUCAAAAGAAUGCAGAAUAGAUAACCCCAACAUGACCCAAGUAUGGCUGUACUUAUUUGGCCUCUUCAAUAAGACACGAACCCAAGAAUUGGAGACCACGUUUGGCUGCCAAACAUCCAUGAAAGUGAAACAGGAAUUACUGCAAUACAAGUCAGAGGAAAAUAAACCCCUCUUCUUUCUACUGGAUCUAAAGGAGGUUUUCUCCUGUCUAUAUGAAUCUCAGGAAGAGGAGUUUGUGAAAGAGGUGAUGGCCCUCUUUGAGGAAAUGUCCCUGUGUUUGAAAACCAACACUGACCUCAUGCAUUCUUCAUUCUGCCUCAAAAGUUGUGAACGCUUGCAGAGAGUGUCUCUUCAAGUAGCAAAGGGCAUCUUCCCAGACAAAGACACUGCAUCAGAGUCCAAAGCUCAGGAUAAGCGGCCUCAGAAGGAUAAGCGCCUGCUUCUGUCCUGGACAGACCUUUGUUCCAUGUUUGGUUCAAACAAGAAUCUGAUCUUUCUGGACAUCAGCCAGAGCUUCUUCAACAACUCAUCACUGAAGACUCUUUGUGGAAGACUGGCCUGUACGCCCUUCCACUUCCAGAAAGUGGUCCUCAAAAAUAUUUCCCCUGCUAAAGCCUACCAGAGCUUCUGCCUCACUUUUACUGGUUAUGAAACCCUAACACAUCUGACCCUCCAAGACAGCAACCUGAGUGACACGCUUCCUUCAUUGUGCAAGGUCGUGAAACAUCAAGCAUGCAACCUACAGUAUCUCAGGUUGGGAUCUUGCUCUCCCAGCUUCCAGAGAUGGGAUGACUUCUUCAUGGCCUUGCAAAGCAACAAGUCCCUGACAUGCCUGGACCUCACAGACAAUGAGCUCCUGGACAAAGGUGCCAAGCUUCUGUGUAGGACUCUGAGGCAGCCAAAGUGCCUCCUGCAGAGAGUGUCGUUGGAGAACUGCCAACUUACAGAAGCCUGUUGCAAGGAGUUCUCUUCCACUUUGAUGGUCAGCCAGAAGCUGACACACCUGAGCCUGGCCAAGAACAAUCUCGGGAAUGGUGGAGUAAAAAUCCUGUGUGAAGGCUUGAGCUACCCUGAGUGUAAACUACAGACACUGGUGCUGUGGUCCUGUAACAUCGCCAGCGAUGGCUGCAACCACAUCUCAAAGCUGCUCCAACAAGCACCGAGCCUCACACAGCUGGAUCUAGGGCUGAAUCGCUUGGGAAUCUCUGGUGUGCAGUUUCUGUGUGGUGCUUUGAAGGAACCCCUGUGUAACUUGAAAAGUCUGUGGCUGUGGGGAUGCUCCAUUACACCUAUCAGCUGCAAAGACUUCUCUGCAGCCCUCAGCAGCAAUAAGAGCCUGACCACUCUAGACCUGGGCCAGAACUCUUUGGGAUCUGAUGCAGUAAAGAUACUGUAUGACACCUUGAAAAGUCAAACUUGCCCCCUUCAGACAUUCAGGUUCAGAUUUGAUGGAGAGGACCCUGAUAACAAGAAGCUCCUCAAAGAAAUAGCAGAGAGCAACCCACAACUGACCAUUGAAAGUGACCAUUCUGAUCCUAAGAAGAAAAAAAUAUCUUCACCUUAUUUCAUUUUUUGA